CCUCUCACUAAAGGCCCCGCCUCCUUCCCGCAAUGUGGGGGAAAGGUCGACAGCUACAGCUGGGGUGAGAUUAGGGCUGAAUCACCGAGAUGAAGGCUGGCACCGUGGCUGAGGAUGAGGUUGAGACGGCGACCGCUCACAUCAGCCCCUGGAAGAACUUCCUGGCCGGAGGCUUCGGCGGCGUGUGCGUGGUGUUAGUGGGCCACCCACUGGACACGGUGAAGGUAAGGCUACAGACUCAGCCAAAGAGCCAGCUGGGACAAGCUCCCCUCUACUCUGGGACCUUUGACUGUUUCAAAAAGACACUUUUUGGAGAGGGUAUUCGAGGCCUUUACCGAGGAAUGGCUGCUCCCCUUGUUGGUGUCACGCCCAUGUUUGCUGUCUGCUUCUUUGGCUACGGGUUGGGGAAGAGACUACAACAGAAGCACCCAGACGAUGUAUUGAAUUAUCCCCAGCUGUUUGCAGCUGGAAUGUUAUCUGGUGUGUUCACAACAGCAAUCAUGACUCCUGGAGAAAGAAUAAAGUGUCUCUUACAGAUUCAGGCUUCUUCAGGUGAAACAAAAUACACUGGUGCUUGGGAUUGUGUCAAAAAACUUUAUCGUGAAGCUGGAAUAAGAAGCAUUUACAAAGGAACUAUGCUUACGCUCAUGCGAGAUGUUCCUGCCACUGGUAUGUACUUCAUGACUUAUGAGUGGCUGAAAGAUCUCUUCACUCCAGAAGGCAAAAGUGUUAGUGAGCUCAGUGCCCCUCGAAUCCUCGUGGCUGGAGGCUUUGCAGGAAUCUUUAACUGGGUUGUGGCUAUCCCUCCGGAUGUGCUGAAGUCCCGCUUCCAGACUGCCCCACCUGGAAAAUACCCUAAUGGAUUCCGAGAUGUGCUGAGAGAGCUGAUCCGAGAAGAGGGUAUCACAUCCCUGUAUAAAGGUUUUACUGCUGUAAUGAUCCGUGCCUUCCCAGCAAAUGCUGCCUGUUUCCUUGGCUUUGAAAUUGCCAUGAAGUUCCUUAAUUGGAUUGCACCUAAUUUAUGAAACUCAGAAAUCAUCAAUCCUCCAGACAAAGGGAGGAGGUGUACAGUGACAAGGGAGGGUCGAGACUGAACUCAACUUGGCAAGAAUCUGCAUAUUGGUCGGGGGAGGGGGAAGAGAAUGAAGAAAUAAGAACACUUAAUGAACUUUGUAUAACUUAUGCCUUAAAGACAUCCUUUGGCUGGUUCAGUGUGGCCAUUUUGAAACUUGAAUUCAGUCUUGGUCAUUUAAGGAGAUUUCAUAAGGCUUUGGAGGUUGAAGUCAGUAGCUAGCCUCAAAACACAAUCUAUUUUGCGCCUAUGCCAUCCCUAGCCAACUUUUAUAAACCUGCUACGUAGGACAUCUUCCUCAGUUCCAGAAGGGCCGUGAAUCAGUAACAGUACCAGAGACAUAUUUUUAAUACCAACUAAACUUCAGUUGAGAGACUGUUCAAACACUAGUUGAUGAACACAAUUCUCAGGACACCUUUUAACCUUUGGUUUGCAUAUGUUGAAAUGUGACUGUAGUUUAUUGUCUCCAUUUGUGCUGUCUUUGGAUAUAUACUUAAGAGCAUAUUACCAGCUUUUCAACACUGGGGUUUUAAUUUUGUGUGUCACUAAUCGAGAAGCAGAAUAAAAUAGCCUAAUUCUGGUAGGGUUGCGUGGGAAAGUGUCCUCUUUCCCAACCAACUCCCACCCUAUGACUAGGACAAUUUUGAAUCAACAAUCGAGUCAUGGAAUCGGUGAGGAUCAAUUAGGUGUGUGGCAGAACACCUUCUGCACACUUUCCUCUGUGGUGAGGGGAUCCUCUAUUAUCAGGAAAUAAUAAAUACCUCUUUUUUUCUCUGACUUUUGUUCUUCUGACUGUGUACUUGUUAGCUGGCAGCCUGUUAGCCGGCUGAUGCCGAGGACUAACGAAAGCAGCUGCUGAGUCUCCCCUUGACCUUCAGACCCUGGUCCCAUCCUACCUCUGUGAGCAGCAGUUUUUCCGAAUCCCGUUUUGCCCCUGCUAGCAGAGGGAGGAGAACUUGGUUGCUAGUCUUUUCACUUGGUUAGUUCAUAGGAUCAGAUUCAGAACUGCAAGGGACCUUGAAAUCACCCAGCCCAACUCCCUCACUCUACAGUUUAGAGUAUUGAGGCACAGGGAAGGCUAGUGACUUACAUAAAAUCACAACAUUAGUGACAAGCUAAGGUUGACAUUUAGGCCCUUUGACUACAGAUCCAGCGUUCUCACCAGUGCGCUCCAUUGCCCCACAUCAGGCUGCCAUCUUCAGCUAGUUGGAAGUGAGGCCUUGGCUUUAUCUCCCUCAAGUAAAGUAGCUUCAGUUUGCUCCCUGGCCACAGUCUGCACCUUUCUGCAAACUGCUUUCAAUUUAAUACAGAUCCUGCCAGUCCUUGGUGGUGUCCUUGUUCUGUCUAUGAAUUAUUUGUUGAUAGAGUUCGAAGCCAGAAGCUCUGAAAUCAACCAAUUCAUGUCUCUGGCUUUUGCCUUUAGUGGGAAACUCUCCCUGCAGCUCUUCUUGGCUUUACCAGGCCCCCUGAGAAUGUCUGUGGGUGGGGGCUUUUCCCGAAACCACUGCUUUUUCCCAGCCUAUGUUGUUAGGUCACUUGUAUUCAAGCCAAAUGCCAGCUUUAUUCCAUGUCCCAGAACUAUUUCCUGGGAGAGUUGGGUUGGGUCUGAAGUCUAUUUAGACUUUUUCCAGCUGACAGCUGAGUUAUUUGCUCUGGAAGACAAUGUAUGAACGUGAAAUGUUUUGCAAACCUUAAGGCACUAUUUAAAUGUGACCCACCAGCAUUCAUCAUUAUCAUCAUUACAUUAUGAAAGAGAGCAUUCACAAUCCUCAGACAGAGCAGCCUUUUGCUGCUUUGGGUGCUUGAUGGAUGUUAAGUCUAAAAAGGAAAGCUUCUGAGAACAUCUCUGAAUGACAUCAAGCAGAUGGAAGGAGUAACUUCUCCUAAGCCUUUGGAGCAGAAGGUUGCUUUUUAUAACUGCACUUUAAUGCUAGUUAGAGAUACUUUCAUUCUCUCCCUCCAGGAGGGGACUUGCCACCUCCCUAGCUUCUGUCAAUCUCAGCUAGAAUCUAGACAGUGAUUGUGAAGGCAACAGUGUAGCAGUUAAAGUCUGGCAAGUGAUAGAAGAUGAAUGAAACUGGGUUAAGAUUUAGUAACAAUUGAAGGGUCAGCAGGUUUCUCCUCCUAAGGGACCAUGGCCUGUUUGCUUAAAGCAGUCCUGUUUUUAUGCCAGGGCAACCACACUGAUUCUCAUGCAAUCUUCUAAUGUCAGUUGGGAUGGGGUGUCAUGUCACAGAAAGAGCGUGAGAGUUGGAGUCAGGAGACCUGGGUUUGAAUCUCAGCUCUUCCACUUACUAGCUAUUGACUUUAAUUAACUGACUUGAGAAGUCAGGCCCAAAGAGAGGGGGAAGGGAGGGAUGCCCAAUUUAUUUUGGUAUUUCUUUUGAGGCCUCUGUAAGGUGGAGGGUACUAGGUCAUGAAGAGGCUUGGUGAGAUUCUCACUAUUCAAGGCAUGUCAUGAUAAGCCAGCCCCCUCCCCCUAAUGACCUUCUCAUUGCUGGACCUGCCCCAGGCAUGUGCUUCCAGACCCUCUUGCUCAGAGAGCCUUUACCCUUAGCCACAAAGGGCGGAGAAUUUUGGCUGGUACUUCAUGCCUAUCAGCUUUCCAGGCAGGAGUGAGCUGGCUACCAGUUGGUGCCACCUACCAUGAUUUAUUGAUGCUUCUCCUAUAUAGGGCAAUGGGUUUGUGUGUGUGUGACAUGAGGAAUGUGACCAGAGGGGACAGGAUUAAUUUGGUCUGAUCUGGGGGCAGGUCAGAGAGAGCAGAAAUACAGGAGGUGUCCUUAUAUUUCUGGGAAGUCCCAGGACUGGAUAAAUAUGUGCAAUUUUACAUGAAUUCCUCCCCAGAUGGAAAUUCGUUGAGGAUGGGGGAAAAGCCGUAAAUCAAAGUGGCUCCCUAUUCCUUUCCUUCCCAUCUAUUGUCAGAAAAUGUUGUGGGGGUCCCCUGAUUAGUCCAUCCAUUCAUUCAUUCAACUGUUGCUUAUUAUGCACAUGAUAUGUGUAGGGUGGAUACAGAUAUUAAUAUCCAUCGUUUGUCUAUAGAGCAUUUACUUUAGAAAGUAUGGCACACAGAUCUUUUGAAGUUUACAACCACCCCGUGAGGUAGGCAAUAGAGUUAGUUUUAUCUCGUUUUACGGAUGAGUAUAAGGCUAGGUGAAAUGAAAUGACCUGCUGUAAGAUCUUACAGUUAGGGGCAGAACCAUGAUGAAAACUACCCCAGAGAGAUCAGACCAUUGUACAGGUGGUGUCACGGAAAGAGAGAUGGCUUUGAAGUCAGAGUAACUGGAUUCCAAUCCCAGCUCUGCCACUAGCUACCUGUGUUACCUUGGGCAAAUUACUUAACCUCAUGUUACUCAUCUGAAUGACCUCUAAGAUCCUUUUUAGCUUUAAAUUUCUGAUCCUGUGAGGGAUGGCCAUUCCUUCUCAGAUGGAGUCAGGGAAGACUUACAUAUGAAUCACCUCUAAGCUGUACUUCCAAAGACACAGCCAGCCUUUUGCAGCCCAGUGUACCUCCAAGGAGGUGGACCAAUAUUGGGCAUAGGACGGCCAAUUUUAUUAUAUGGCAUGUAAAGCCCCUACUGCCCAAAGUUAGCCCUAGAGAUGUGGGUAGGAGACCACUGUCCCCUUUCCUCCCUUGAGAACUGACUGGGUUGCUGUGAUCAUGCCAUACCGGGAAGAGAGUGCCACUCAGGAUAAGCUGACACUUGUUAGUUCUAGCUCCAAAGCCUGUUACUAAUAGCAUUUAGGAACGGGCAGCAUGAUGCUUUUUUUAACUAUGAUGCAAGCCUCUCAACUGUCUUUCCAUGUCAGAAUGCCCCAAUCAGCUGAACAUACCAUACAGCUUAAUGCAGAUGUAUUAUUUGAUCCAAAGACCUCCACCAUGGUUUGGAGCUGAAUUUUUUUUCCCCAGAAGGAGACUGUUUCUGUUUACUUCUCAGUCAUCUGUGUUUAUGAAUAUGUGGCUUGGGGGAUGAUAAAAGGAUAAUGACAUCCCUAAGGGAUAAACCUCAUUUUCAUGUUUUACUAGCCUCAAUGAUGAAAAAUAAUAAUAAAAGCCUUUCUCAUUUAUAAGCUU